AUGCUGGAAGCAGGGCAGAAUUGGACUGCUCUCCAGAUCGAUAAGUGUGUGUGGAACUACCAAACGAGCUUUCAGUGUCCGAAGAGUUUCCAUUGUUCCAACGUGCGUGUGCAUCACAAGCCCAUGAAGCCUGGCUCUGAUCCACACGAGUGCUUGAAGAGCAAGUACAGCAAAGUGGCGAGAACAAGCUACUUGGCGGACGCACGCAGUGCACGCUCAGCAGCCCUGGCCCAAGGAGUUCUGCCGGUGAGGCGCUUUGGCUUCUACUUUCCGGUGCACGAUCAGGUGCAGGGUGUGGUGGAAGUGCUGAAGUCUGCGAGGCACUUUUAUCCUGAGGCUCCGAUCUACAUGCUGCAGGAUGGUGGAUCCAUUGACUUUGGUCCUUUGUGUCGGAUGCAAAGGUUCAACUGUAUUUUCCAACGAGCUCCGGGUGAAAACAGCCGCUGGAAUCCCCACUCCUGGUUUGCACGAAUGCGAGAUGCAACUGAAAUCCUGAGAAGCGAGUACGUGAUCUAUUUAGAGCCUGAUGUCAAGAUUACUCGACGGCAUCACAUUGAUCCAAAGCAUGACGCCGGUGGUGUUUACGACAACUUCAACCCAAGGAUGAGUGCCGAGACCAAAGAUUACUUGGAAGGGCUGGGGCGUGAGAGGGACCCCUGCUUCAGCAUCUCCUGGACGCACUUUGGGCUUUGUGGUGGCUCCUAUUUUCGAUCAGAAGCUAUCCUGGACGCCUUCAAGCCUCAGAACAUCUUGCGGAUUGACUGGCAAAGGUUGAGUGCCAAAGAAGGAGACAAAACGAUGAGCAGCGAUUUUGCCAUGCUGGUGGCACUUUCAGCACGUGCUUGGACGGUUUAUCCCUGGGAGGAGACAGCGCAACAUUUCAACGAUGCCCCGUCGGAUCCAGCUGACUUGCUCAGCUUUCGAAAGCAGUGGCCGGCGUGCAAUGAGUCAGCGGCUUUCCAGCACAACCACAAGGAGCUGUACCAUGCUACAAUCGCAGAUGAUGAGCGAGCAGCCAUCGCACACUUCACAGACCACGUGCUGGACACCACUUGCCAUGGCUGCGUUUGGUACAAGGAUGGCAGUCCGCGUUCGGUCUUGAGCAUUCCCAGUCGUCCUCCGGAUGCCGAAGGUGUGAACUUGAACCUGGCGAGACCCUCCCAUUGUGACGGCCCGAGGCAUGUGGGGUCUUUGCUUGCUGAUCCGGGCUACAUUCGGAAUGCUGGGAGUGUGGAACUGCCCUUUGCUGGCAGUGCUGGACUGCCUCUUGCAGAGCAUCAGCCUCCCUGGCUUCUGAAGAAGGAUGUUUUGGUCGAAGAUGGAAGGGACAAGGAUGGCGGAGGCAUUCUCGUCGUGCAGCCAGUAUUCAUGGAAGCUGGACCCUUGUGGGGCACAUUACAAAGCCGGCCCCGUUGGCUGCGGUCCAUUUUGGCCACUAACCGCUUUCACGUGCGCCGCUAUGGUCAUGCCAUGGUUAUCAGGUGGCUCCCGAGCCAACCUCAGCUCUUAGAGUGGCAGCGGCAGCAGUGCGGUGAGCUUUCCGAGAAGGACUGCACCCAGAAGAACGAGCGAGAGAACUUCAACUGGGAGAAGCAUCGUAUGUUGGAGGAUUACCUCAAAAGCUCACAGAACUUCAGCUAUGUGAUGAUGCUGGAUGCGGAUGCUGCUUUGGUACGGCACGAGCAUGACAUUCUCGCAGCGAUGGCUGACCAACUGACCACCCACCAUCGAGAUGUCUUCCUGACCAAUGAAGACUGGCUUGCGAAUGGCGCAAAAAGGAUCAACGGCGGUGUCAUUUUUGCCAAGAAUAGCCAGUGGUCCAAAGAUCUUUUCCAAGACACGACUGAAGCUCAUGUCCUGGGGCCACGGGGCUUGAAAAGUUGGCGCAUUGGGAUCCAGAACCACCAGUGCAGCAGCAACGACCAGAUCUGCUUAAAUGAUGCUAUGGCGGCAAGCUCCGACAUGGGAGCUCACGCAUUGCUGGCGAGUGGAAUCCAAUACAAUCGCGGUGCCUGCACCCUACACCAUUGUGGAGAGCCGAUCACAGACCACGACGCAUUAAGAAUGGGUCUUGAUGACUCUCAGCUGGAGGUGUUGCACUUCAUGGGUGAUCACACGAUGGCAGACAAAGUCCUGUGCGACGGAUCCAUCGAUUUCACCGGCGGGGGAAGCAGUGGCUAUGGGUGUAGUCAAAGAGGAUCUUUGCUGGCCGUGAACAGCAGCGCUGUCGGUGAAGAGGCAGUCUUCCUGUGUUGCUGA